AUGCUAUCUCCUGAUAUUUCAAGUAAAACAAGCAUCGCUUUGAUGCUUUUGGCGCUAACUGUACUAGGAACCGGAAAGCAGUUGUCGAUUACGAGUGGAUUUUUUAAAAAAUCUGUGAAAGGUAUAAUAAAAACGGAUCUUUAAAAUUUAAUUAUAAUAUAUCUCAAAUUUGGAAGUCCAUUAUGGCAAUGUGUAUAUUUUUAUUCAAAUGUGGAGGUCCGGUGGUGUAGGUAGUAUUCUAUUCUGACAAGCUACCGUGGUUUGCGAGAUAUCUUUCAUAUCAGGUAGUCCAGACACAAAUCACGACAGCUUAUUGUAGAAUACUACCUACAUACUGGACCUCCACGUUUGAGAUAUCUUUAACAGGUAGUUCAGACACAAACCACAACAGUUUAUUGUAGAAUACUACCUACAGGUAUCUUUUUCAGAUAUAGUUCAGACACAAACCACGACAGCUUAUUGAAUAUUUAACAAUUAUUCGCCGAAGGCGAGGUGAUUAUCGGGGAAUAUUCGCCGAGACGAAGUCGAGGUGAAUAUUCCCCGAUAAUCACCGAGUCUGAGGCGAAUAAUUGUUUUAGUAUUUUUGGGACUCGAUUUAUUUUAAUUUCGCUUAUUUCUUUAUCAGUAUAACGUCCAGUAUAACGUCCGCCAUUUUGAAAAUUUCGGUUUUGUUAUAUUCACCUGUAGGUGAAUACAACAGCUUAAUACGUCAAAUUUGACCGAUCAAUUGUAGGAUUUGUUAUGUUCACUUGUGCAAAAAUACUAAUGUGUAGAAUACUAUAUACACUGCACGACCACGUUUGCGAUAUUAUUUUAAUUUCAGGUAGUUCGGACACAAAACACGGCAGCUUAUUGUAGAAGACUAUGGAGCAUGGUUAUAGCGAUCCUAUUGAUUUCAGUGUAAUAAUAUUGUGGAGCUUUUUUAAAUAGUUGUUCUCUGUAUAUUCACAGGUGAACGCCUCAGCGACUGUUUAAUAUCUGAGAAGAUUGUCUUACAUUUGAUCGAAUGUGGUCAAUGGUGUCUGAACCUUAGUUGCCAGUCAUUCAACUACGGAGAGAAGGAGUCGUCGCAAAGAUUGUAUGCUUGUCAGUUGAACUACUGUACUAAAAAAGAUCACCUCGUAUCGGUGGAUAGGAAAUUUGAAUAUUAUGAAAUGGUAAGAGAGCCUGCUGCACUGCAGUGACGGUUAGCUCAGCUAUGCAUUUUCACCGCACACGUUGGGAAAACUACUUGUUUUCGAGUUAAAUUAAUUUGAAGGCAAAACUUCCGCCGGCUUGAAACGUCAACUAUAGCAAUGGUAGUGCGUAACUUUUGUACAUCAAGACCAAAGUCACGUGAAGAAACUAUGGGUUCUCAUUGCCUAGUUAAUUCAAGCAGAUCAACACUAAGCUCGCAACACCCGCAGACAAUGAAUGCAAGUUCAAUCACAGGGGGGGGGGGGGGGGGGGGGCUAUGAAAAUUUAUUAUAUUUAAAGGGGGGGGCAUGAAAAAAUAUUUUGAAGGAAUGAGGGGCCAUGAAAAAUUUACCAUGAGUUUUGAAAUAUCUUCCCCCCCCCCCCCGCAUUAAUAAUGACUGCUCCCUAACACUGUUUUGCCAUUUGUUGUUAGAAAUAAUAAUCCUUUUCUGUAGGUGCCUCAAUUGACAGAAUGUGAACGUUGCUCAGGUAGGACUUUAACAAACCUUAUCAUACCAUACAUUACCAUGCGCGAGUGAUGAGUGAAUGCUACCCAGUGAAGGUAGUAUUCUACAAUAUCGAGAUUCUGGGCAGCAGGUACGAUUCCUGCCAGGGACCUAUAUAGUUGCAUUUUUCGCUGCUGUUUCUGGUUAGGUCUAAUAAAUGUAUAUAAAUUUCCACUCGAUAAUUUCCAUCUACAAGACCCUUAAGUAUUUUAUCUAUCAUGGUUUGUGCCUGCAUCCAUAAACUACCUGAAAAAGAUAUCUCAAACAUGGUUCUCCAGUGUAUAGGUAGGUAUUCCACAAUAACCUCCCGUGGUUUAUGUCUGAACUACCUGGAGAAGAUAUCUCGGACAUGGUUUUCCAGUGUAUUGUCUGAACUACCUGGAGAAGAUAUCUCAAACAUGGUUGUCCAGUGUAUAGGUAGUAUUCCACAAUAACCUCCCGUGGUUUAUGUCUGAACACCUGGAGAAGAUAUCUCAAACAUGGUUGUCCAGUGUAUAGGUAGUAUUCCACAAUAACCUCCCGUGGUUUAUGUCUGAACUAUACCUGGAGAAGUAUCUCAAACAUGGUUGUCCAGUAUAAAUAGUAUCCUAUACAAUAAGCUGCCGUGGUUUGUGAACUACCAGAAAAAGAUAUCUCAAAUGUGGCGUUUAUUGGAGGUAUAGUAUUGUGCAAUGAACUACCGUGGUUUGUGUCUGAACUACCUGAAACUCUGCCCGGCAAAGAAGGACAAACGUUUGCUAAUGGCGUCGUUGGGCAAUGUCCAUUAACCCCAUGCACAAAUUUUCGUAUUAAUAUGUGUGAUAUUUUUUUAAAGUUAUACUGACAAACCACUGCAGCUUAUUUGUAGAAUAAUACCUGCAUUGCAUGGACCUUCAAGUAUAUAUAGAUGUAUGACAAAUUGCGUAUAUGUUUCAGAACCGUCGUUCUCCGUGUUGUUUCCACGUCAUAGUAUCGAGGACUAUGUGGAAGUAGAUGACCCUGAUUUGCCAGAGUUUAGCGCUUUCUCGAUCUGUGCCUGGGCGAAGUUUGUCAAGAAUGCAGACGGCACUAUAUUGUCUUAUGCUGUCCCUACCUCGACCAAUGAGAUUGCUAUCUGGUGUUAUACAAGUGUAGUUAUGUUUUCUAUCACAAAUGUUUGGACACGGUAAGAUUGUGUGUGAACUAGCAUAAUACGAAAUUAAUCUCAAACGGUCUGUUCAGAACGUUCUCCUGCCCUAAAGGCCCGUUUACACUUGCAAUUUUUGCUGCGAUUUUAGGUGCGAUUGUCUUCUUCUGACGGAUGCGAACGAGUGGAUGAGUUAUAAAAGUUAAGAUGAGGGACACAUACUCAGAACAUUCAUUACUCAUCUACUCGUUCACAUGCACAAUGCUCCGUAGGUUCAAUUCCUACCAGAGGACUUUGUGCUGCAUUUUUCACAGUCGUUCCUGGUUAGGUCUUAAAAUGUAUACAUUCUCACUUGGAUUACAAACCCUAACAUUCUAAUAUUAAUUCCACCAAGUGAAGUGCAAGAAUCCAAAUAAUUGAAGUCCACCUUAUCACAACCCGCACACCCGAUUACCUAUAUGUACAUGAACUUACGGUUACAGCUCAACAGCUGGCCUCUGUAGCUCAGUUGGUUAGAGCGCUGCACCGGAAUUGCAGGGCCGUAGGUUCAAUUCCUACCAGAGGACCUUGUGCUGCAUUUUUCGCAGUCGUUCCUGGUUAGGUCUUAAAAUGUAUAUAUUCUCACUUGGAUUACAAACCCUAACAUUCUAAUAUUAAUUCCACCAAGUGAAGUGCAAGAAUCCAAAUAAUUGAAGUCCAACUAAUUGGAAUGCUGCAACUGCAAAGAAUGCAACUAUGUGCUGCUCUGCAGUGAUUCCGGUGCAGCGCUCUAACCAACUGCAUGAGGUAUAACGUCCAGUAGCUUACUGGUCCUCUAUAGAAGAUAGUUUGGAACUGAUAGAGUUGUCCACUCACAAAUGAAGUUAUUUGAGUUCAGGUAACAUAAGACUAACGUCAAGAGAUGUCCCCUACUGGACCCCUGGAAAAUGUGUAAAACUAGUAUAAAACUAACACAUGUAUUUGAAUAAACAUGUUUUGUGUUUACACCCGUUUUCAAAAUUACGCGACCAAGGACGAAAAUACUGGAGUUGACAUGUCAGUUUUAUGUCAUUCGGUCACGAAGUUUAAACUUUGAGUUUUGCGGUUCCUUGUCGAUGUAUAUGCUUUGUAUGCUUUAUAUAAACAGGCUUACAAUGACUUUCAAGAUAUUUUAGUGAGAAUUAUUGCAAAAUUUAAGCACAAACAAAAUCAUAACAUCACCGUUAUAGUCUAGCGCGCGUGUUUUAUACUGACAGCUAAAUUCCAGGAUAAAUUGUUAUUUUUCAAACUUUAAAAGUUAUUCACGACACAUAUUUCUGUAGUGAUGGUUUGUAUUGUGCUUUAGUUUGUAUAUCUAAGUUACCUAACUCAUUUUUGUUCAGGUUUGGUAUUAAAUACGGUUUAAAAUGUCUUUUGACAGUUUGUUUACGUUUGCUAUUUUUAGCAGUUUUUGUGACAUAAAACUGACAUUUGAAGUAAGAGUAUUUUUCAGGGAGGUCGCGUAAUUUUGAAAAUGGGUGUAAAAUUACUUUUGUUUUAUUUUAUUUCAGAACGUACAACAGCUUACUCAGCGAUGGUUUCUGGCAUUCAAUCUGUCUUACGUGGUCAAAUGUGGACGGCAACCUCACAGUGUAUAAAGACAACGUAAUGACAGACCAAGCAUCUGGUGUGGCUACUGGAAAAAACAUCUCUGGAGGGGGCCGGUGGGUGCUGGGUCAAGACCAAGAUAGUGUCGGAGGUGGGUUUGAAAUCAAAGACGCUUUCCAGGGGGAGCUGGCUGAAGUGAAUGUGUGGGGUCGGGUUCUUACAAAACAAGAGAUUGCCUGGUUUUCGACGGAUUGUCAACGCCGUAUGAAUGGCGAUGUAAAGAGCUGGCCGGAGUUCAGAACUGGACUGCGACGUGAAGUUCGAGCGGUCGAUGAGCCAAGUUGUACAAAAUGUAAGUUUGAAAUGAGCUAAAUGUAUAAUUGUUGCAAAGAAAUAAAAAACAUAUUUCGAACUUGUGUCAGGGGAGGGGGGCAAUGGACGUUCCGUUCCAGGCUGCCUGCCCACAAAUCAACAAGCUAUGUUCGCACUGCUUGUCCCAAGUUGUCAACAAGUCUUGAACCAUUUGUUAAUAGUUGUAACAACCUUGUUGAUAUUAUCAGACUUGUUGCAAGGUUGUUUUCCAACAAGUCCGAUACAGUCAUGAUAUAACAAUAUUGUUACAACCAGCUUGUGUCGUCAACCUUGUAACAUUCUUGUUAUAUCAUGACUGUAUCAGACCUGUGAUAGAACAACCUUAUAACAGGUCUGAUAAUGCCAUCAAGCUUGCUACAAGUUGUUAACAGCUAGCUUGUUCAAAACUUGUUACAACAACUGGGAACAAGCAGUGCGAACACACAACUUGUCGACAGCUUGUGAACAGAUUUAUGAGAACUUGUUUGCAGACCUGUAACAAUGGACCUUUCACCUUUUGACUAAAAUUUAGAUCUCAACAAGUCUAGACAAAAAUUUCAUCACAGCAGCUUGAAAGAGCAUCGCAAAAGUAGUAAUAUUCCGACGUUUCGUUGCGAAAUACUGUAAAAUGCGGAUAAUAUAGCCUGGCGAAGUUUGCAAUUUUCAGUCAUAUUGUAUUACGCGCGGGAAAUACAUACCCUUUUUCCGCCGAAGGAGGUAUGUAUUUCCCGCGCGUAAUACAAUAUGACUGAAAAUUGCAAACUUCGCAAGGCUAUAUUAUCCGCAUUUUACAACAUUUCGCAACGAAACUUUGGACUAUUAUUAAUUUUGUGAUGCUCUUUCAAGCUGUGAUGAAAUUUUUGUCUAGACUUGUUGAGAUCUAAAUUUUAGUCAAAAGGUAAAAGGUCAAUUAUACUUGUGCAUUCUUACGUCUGUAGACUCUAGUGAUUAAACAACAUUCACACCCUUAAGUAAGUUCGGUUUUUGUCUACUAACCAAUAAUCUUUUAAUAGGAAAUCGUGGUUGUUUGAUGUAAUUUAACGAUCUUACUGGUACCUACAAAACUACCGUGGCAACGGCAACGUCUUUUGUAAAUUUAAAUGUAAUCUAAGACCAUAUAGUCAGUGACCAUAACACUAUUGGACAUGAUAAGGCAAGGUUUAAUUAAAGACGCAUGCAGUUCAGCCUUUUGAAUGAUGGUUUUUAAGGUGCAUUACAACCCUUUUAAUAGACAACUUGCAUGUUAGACUAAUUUUUUAUUUAGGCAAAGAAAAGUAAAUUCCCGUAAAGAACUUAUUAAAAUCAGUAAAAUUGCAAAAUUUGGUUACGAAAUGUUGUAAAAUACAGAAAAUAUAGCCUUGCGAAGUUUGCAUAUUUUCAGUAUGUUUUGUAUUACGUGCGGAAAUUGUUACCAUUUUUGAGCCUUGCGAUGUUUGCAUAUUUCAUUUCAGUAUAUGUUUGUAUUACGUGCGGAAAUUGUUACCAUUUUUGAGCCGAAAGUGGUAACAAUUUCCGCACGUAAUACAAACAUACUGAAAAUAUGCAAACUUCGCAAGGCUAUUAUAUUUUCUGUAUUUUACAACAUUUCGCAACCAAAUUUUGCAAUUUUGCAAAACUAAUUUCAUUAUGUUCUUUUUAACUGUUGUGUUUGAUUCCCUUCUCUUUACUUUAUAGAUUAAAAUUUUGUCUAACAUGCAAGUUGUCCAUUGAAAAAACUAACUAGGAAAAUCAAUUAAGCAUAAUUCAAGAUCAAUAAACUCGAUGUUUUUAACAUUAAAAAUGUUAAAAAAUGUUAAAAACAUUGAAAUCACUGAUGAUUUUCCUAGUUAGUUUUAAAAGGGUUGUAAUGCGCCUUAAAAACCUUCAAUCAAAAGGCUGAACUGUGCCUUUAAAAUAAUUUGAAUUGAGAUAUAUAUUUGUAGGCUCUUUGGUGCGUGUACCUUACCUUUUUUGUACCGGCGAUUUUUUUUCAGGCUCUGAUAAAUUGAACAUCAAAUGAUUACGCAGAAAAUAUGCCGGUGACAGCCGCCUGCUAUUUUAUACCCUAUUAAAUUGAUAAACAUACUAAUAGGUUUGUAAAAAUAAAAAGCCAGCGAAGAUUUGUAGGUCUCUAGCCCUAUAUAUCUUUAAUUAAAGACUUUAAAUAUUCUUUGCCAUUAUUUAAAAGUAAAUGUUCACGUUUUAGGAUGAAAUAAAUAAGUAGCUAUAAAAUAAAUAGUUCAAUAUCGAAGGUGUCUAACUUAAUGUGAAAAACAUCUAUAAUUAGUAAGUAUAUUAAAUGUAUUUCACUCUAAUAUUGUAAACUUUGAGCAUGUUAUUAGCUGGUGUAAAUAAUAAAAUAUAUUAUUUAAACUUUAAAUAUAUUAUUUUAUUAUGUUAUUAUUAUUUAAACUUUAAAUAUAAUAAAAUAUAUUAUUUUACUUAAAUAAUAAAAUAUAUUACUUGUUGAGCACUCUGCGGAGUUGUUAAUGGGAGUCUAUUAGCGAUAAUGCAAUGCUCACUUCCCUUGUGGUCGUUUGAGCACUCUGGCCCCAUUACACUCUGCGCAUGUCUGGAUGCGUUGAUGUCGCCGUGUUGUACCGCAUGCCUUGGUGAGAGCAAGUUCAUGCGAUAUAAAUACGAAUGUCUCACGUACCUAGACGUGUACCAAGCUGCACUCAUGACGAGGCGUAGGACGCCGAAACAUGCAUGUCUGCAGAUUGUACUAUAUAUAUAAUAUAUAUAUAUAUAUCUGGGGUCACAAGGCCCAGACACAGGUUUUACUAUGAGCUCGCGAGUCUUUCUUCGGAAUGUAAUCGGUCCCUUGCUAUAGUGCCUGUGAGCUCACGAGUGGAAGGAAUACUUAUACUAUCGCUAAUUUUACAUGCUUUUUUACUUCUUAUAGAGUAUAUUGAUCUCGCGUGUCUUCUCCGGAUGUAAUCGGUCCCUUGGUAAUAUAUUUCUACUGAGUAAAAUCGUAUAUUAAUCGUAAGUGAAAAAAACACUUAAAAAUACGUAUUUAUAUAUAUAUAUAUAUUUAUAUAUAUAUAUAUAUAUAUAUAUAUAUAUAUAUAUAUAUAUAUAUAUAUAUAUAUAUAUAUAUAUAUAUAUAUAUAUAUAUAUAUAUAUAUAUAUAUAUAUAUAAAUUAAGGUACAACAAUCAACAAAAUCCACUAGGCCUCUUUAUUACUAAAUAGUUUCGUACCACAAAAUGUGGCACUCUUCAGAUAAAUUGACCUAAUGACUAUAGACUAAAACUUACAAGGUUAUAUAUGUAUACAAGUGGAUGAGACUUUAAAAAACUUAAUCCUAUUUACAAACCAUAGUCAUAGUCUAUAGUCAUUAGGUCAAUUUAUCUGAAGAGUGCCACAUUUUGUGGUACGAAACUAUUUAGUAAUAAAGAUGCCUAGUGGAUUUUGUUGAUUGUUGUACCUUAAUUUAAAUAUGCUCUGGUUUUCCAUUGAGCACUUUACCAAAAGUUUUUAUAACCAACGAAACCAAAUCUUAUAUAUAUAUAUUAGUUGUGUAAUUGUACACUCUGUAAUAUGUUAAGAUGAAAAUGUUCUAGAGUGUGUAUUAUAUAAUUUCCAUACCCAGCGCAAGCAGAAAGAUGUUGUCUGCCGCGGCUGGGUCUCGAACCCGCGACCUUCGAAUGGUCGAAGGUCGCGGGUUCGAGAUCCAGCCGCGGCAGACAACAUCUUUCUGCUUGCGCUGGGUAUGGAAAUUAUAUAAUACAGACUCUAGAACAUUUUCAUCUUAUAUAUAUAUAUACUAGGUUACCCACAGGGCAGUAAUGCUGCCUUCGACAGCAAAAGACAAACUACAGGGUGUUGAAGGAGUCCUUCAGAAACAUCCUAUUAUCGUUAUCCUUGCAGGUUAACCCAUUUAUUGACA